AUGAUCGAAAAUAAAAUUGAAGACUUAGAUUCUCGUGUAACGGAUGUUGAGUUCAAUGUUGGAGGAGACGUUUCAUCCUAUACUAAGGCCUUACCGCUCUUUACUCAAGUUAUUCGAUUCUUAAUUUUAUUUGUCAUUUCUGCUGUCAUUGUUUCCGUGGCUCUACUUUUCACCCAUCAUCGCAUGCCCAAUCCACGGGAUGUGCGACCUUUGCCAGACCUUUUCUUUGAGCUACUCCCCACUCUGGAAUGGAUGGAGCCUAUUGUAGAUCUAAUUAUUCUCGUGUUAAACCUCAGUGUGGCCUAUACGAUAUUAAAGCUCUACGUUUUAGAUCGUCACACGAGAUCGCACGAAAAAAUAAAACUAUUCUCCACCAUCCGCUACAUCGGCGGACCGGUGAAUCGCUUUUUAUUUUCCGUCGUGGACACCGGCAGGCGUCCAUACGCGGUGGAAAAGAUUCAUUUAAUCGCGCUGAUUCGUUUUUUGACGGUCUACACCAUUAUGCUGUUGUACCGCUCGGUGGUGCUUGUGUGCACGGCCUACCCAGCCACGGAAAACCACUGCCAGCACCCCCAGUCCAUUGAGCACCCUGUGUUAAACGUUCUUCUGACCCUUGUGACCUUCGGCAGCGGGUCGAUUCACUGCGGGGAUUUGAUGUUCAGCGGGCAUACCAUCAUCAUCUGUUUGGCCUGGGCCAUUCUUUGGGAUUACGGGGUCUAUCUCCACCGCUUUGCCUUUCGGGUGGGGGCCACCGCGUUGGUGGGGAUCGCAUUUUAUGGCAUCCUGGCCUCGCGCUCGCACUACACCGAUGACAUCCUCGUCGCCGCCUACGCGACGGUGGUGACUUUUUGGUUGAUCGCCCACAGCCCCGACGGCGCGCCUUGGCAGCUGCAGGGGCUGAUUCGGUGGUGGUACUUCCCGGGCUCGAAUGAGGCGCGUCCCGGCGAAUUCACGCGACGGGAGACGUGGAAUCCGGACGUCGUCUAG